CGAUCUGCCUUGCUCUGCUCCUCACCACCGGCUGCUCUUGCUUUGUGGGGGCGAAUUGCUUUGAUUUUUAGGUAAGAAAUAGCCAUGAUUUCAUCCUUUUAGCUUUGAUUUAAGUUGGGCUCCUUUAAUUUUGGGUUAAACCGUGAGUCCCCUGCAGAAUUUUCCUUACAAAUUCCCGCCGGCAACUCCCCCCUGCAGCUCCAGUUUCUACAACUGGAGAAUUAUGAAGGAAAUGUUUCUGUGGCAAAUCUCCCUAUGGCCACAUCUGCUUCAACUCUUGGAAAAGAGCCAAUGUCGUCUUCACCACCAAAUCUGACUAUUGUUGGAGCUUCUGGGACAAAACCAUUUGUUCUAAAUGUUGGUGUUGCUACAGUUCAGUCUAAUGAUCAAGUAGAGACUCAAGUUGUCAAGUCAAUCACAGAGGAUGAAGACAAGGCAAUUAAAGCAAAGGCAAGAUGUGAAUAUCACAGUGGAGGUGUUGGGCAUGACCUUGAAAAUUGUCUGGCUUUAAGGCAUCAUGUUCAAGAUUUGAUAGAGGCAAAAGAGUUACAGAUUGCAUCAGAACCUGAAGUUGUUGGUCCAAAUAUCACUAAAAACCCCCUACCAACACACAAUGGUUCAACAAUCAAUAUGAUCGAGAAGGAUUUUGAGGAAGGUCAAGAGGUGGCUGCAGUUACUCUCACCAAUCAAGUUUCAUCAACUCCUAGAUAGCCUUUAAUAUUGAAGGGGCCAACGCUUACAGUUUUACUCAAACAAGGUUGAUCUUAGAACUGCUACUGAUGAGGGCAUUAAUAAGUGAACAAUGGAGUCCAUCAUGUUAGUUUUCAUUUGCAUUUUCCAAACUCCUUUCAUAUUGCAAUUUGAAUCUUUGUUCUUCAUGUUUUAAUUCAUAGUUAUUCAAUUCUUGAUUUUAUACUUCCAUGAGUUGCAUUGUUAAUGAACUUGAAUUCAAUUU